GAAAUAUGGGUAGAGAGAGAGACCAUUUUUGGGCAUAUGCUGUGAAAGUAAAUGGUCAUUUCAAAUGUAAUUUUUGUGAACAAGAUUUUUCUGGAGGUGCAUCAAGGAUUAAAGCACACUUGGCCGGAGUUCCAGGUCAUGACAUUAAGGCAUGUAACGCUGUGCCUCAAGAAGUUCAAGUAAAAGCUCAAGCAAUAACUCAAAAAAAGAGAGAAGCUCAAGCAACUCAAGGGACCAACAAAAAAAUUAAAAGUGCAUCAAUCUCGGCUUCAAAAUUAAAAACUAAGGAUAAGGAAGGAUAUAUGGUGGAAAUUGUCCUCAAUGAUGUUGUGGAAAGACUAAUAGCCAAUGCGUUUUCACUAAUUGCCACUGAGAAUAUCGGUUUUGAGUCGAGUUUCAAGGUGGAGUUGAAAAAUCUUCUUGAAACAUUAUUCAAGGUUAAAUUCUUGUUAGAUGAUGCUCAAAAGAAGCAAUCAAGUGAUGAGUCUGUGAGGAUCUGGUUAAUGAAGCUUCGAGAUGUAGCUUAUGAUGCUGAUAAUGUGCUGGACUAUGAAAGUUUUUGGCAAGAGGUACAGACUCAAAAUCUAAUGGUGGAUCAGGUGCGUAGCUUUUCCUUUUUCAAUCUUGAUAAAGUUAAGACCAUCAGACAGUUAUUGGAUAAAAUUGUGCAUGAUGUAGCUGGCUUUGGUCUUAGAAUGGAGUUGGUGAAUUCAAUCCCCAAUAUUAGCUUGGACAUGAAUAUAGACCCCCUCCUCGAUGAUUCAGAAGUUGUAGGAAGAGAAUACGAUGUCACGAAAAUGGUAAACGUACUUAUUAGUUCAAGCAAUCAACAGGUUAUCUCUAUUCUCCCUAUAGUGGGUAUGGCAGGUCUUGGAAAGACAACUUUAGCAAGACUUGUGUAUAACAAUGAACUAAUAAAGAAACAUUUUGAUGUACUAGCAUGGGUAAAUGUUGGUAUACAUUUUGAUGUUGAGGGGAUUUUAAGAGAGAUUCUUAUAUCUCUUGAAGAAGACUUGAGUGAUUUAAAUUAUGAUAAAAUACUUCAAAUAUGUGCAGAAAAGUUGAGGGCAAUAAAAUAUCUUCUUAUACUUGAUGAUGUGCAGGAUGAAGAUCUUGAGAAAUGGGAUACUUUAAAGGGUUACUUGUCAAAAUUUAAUUCAAGUACAGGAAAUAAUAUUGUUGUUACAACCCGUAGUGACAAUGUGGCUAAAAUUAUGGAGACACAUCCCAAACAUCAAUUGGAAAAAUUAUCAAAAGAUGAUUGUUGGUCCAUAUUCAAGAAAAGAACAUUCACAAAUGGAAGAAUUCCAUUGACUUUAGAUUUGGAGGUUAUUGGCAGGGAAAUUGCUAAAAAAUGUGGGGGGGUUCCAUGGGUUGCAAGAGUUUUAGGGGGAACAAUGAGCUUUGAAUGUGAUAAAAACAACUGGCUAGAGAUUCAAAAUAAUGAAAUUUGGGAUUUGUUGGAUGAAGAUAAUAGUGACAUCUUUCCUAUGCUUAAGUUAUGCUUUGAUCAUCUUCCAACACCAUCUUUAAAACGAUGUUUCGCAUAUUGUGCAAUAUUCCCUAAAGAUUAUGACAUGAAAAAGGAUGAGGUAAUUCAGUAUUGGAUGGCUGAAGGGUUCCUUGAACUAGCUAAAGAAGUUAAUAUGGUGAUGGAAGAUAUUGGUGACAUGUAUUUCAAUAUUUUGUUGGCUACUUCCUUUUUCCAAAACGCUAGAAUAGAUGACUACGGUAAUAUUAUUAGUUGCAAAAUGCAUGAUUUGGUGCAUGAUUUUGCACUCUCAAUAUCAAAAUCUGAAUCUCUGAUCUUGGAGGGAGAUCCCGUGGAUAGUGUUAGUAGCAUACGACCUUUAUUUGUCCGAUUUGAUAGCAAAACAACACUAGGAACUUCAUUUAGUGGAGAUGGUUUCAUAAAAGUGCGAACAUUAAUGUUGGAAAAUUUCGACUUUGACAUUAUGUUAUCAAAGUUUAGAUGCUUACGUGUUUUAAAAUUAUCAAGCGAUGGGUUACCGGAUUCAAUUGAGCAAUUAAUACAUUUGAGGCUUCUUGACAUCUACCAAACUAGAAUUAAGGAACUACCAAAAUCUAUCACCAAACUCUACAAUUUGCAAACUUUAAGAAUUGAAAAAUGUAAUCGUUUCGGACUGUUCUCGUUUCCAGAAGAUCUGAGUAAUUUGAUUAAGUUAAGACAUAUUCAUAUUAAUGGGUUUCAGCCUUACCAUAAAACUCCUAAGAAUAUGAGGCGGUUGACUUGCCUUCAAACCUUGCCAAUUUUUUUUGUGGGUCCAGAUGAAGGUUAUCUUAUUAAAGAAUUGGGACCGUUAAAGAAUCUCAGAGGAGAAAUAAGAAUAAGGAAUUUAGAGAAUGUGACAGAUGAGGAAGAAGCCAAAAGUGCAAAAUUAAAUGAAAAGGGAAUAUUCAACUUGGAAUUAUCCUGGCGCUCGCGUUGGAGUAGAGCAAAAGAGGACAUGUAUGAUGAAGAUGAAAAGGUGUUGGAAGGCCUUCAGCCUCACCCAAAUUUGAAAAGCUUAACAAUCAGUGAGUAUCUUGGAAAGAAAUUCCCAUCAUGGGUUGUUGGUUUGUCUUCGCUAUAUCACAAUUUGAUUGAGAUCACUUUAUAUGCAUGCUUCAAUUGUGAAGAAGUUCCCACUCUGGGGCAAUUACCCUGUCUUAGGGUUCUUGAAAUGGGAGGAAUGGGGAAGGUAAGAUGUAUAGGAAGUGAGUUUUACUUUUACAGUGAUGGGAGUUACAGAAAUACUACUACUAAAUUAUUUCCGGCAUUGAGAAUACUCGAAUUGGGUUGGAUGGAAACCCUAGAAGAGUGGAAGGAUGCAAAGGGGUUGACAACCGCAGAUGAGGUGUUGUUUGUGUUUCCUUGCCUUCAGAAGUUGACCUUAAUUAGAUGUGAGGAACUGAGAUAUUUGCCAGACUCACUGCGCACCUGCGUUUCCCUUCAGAAGUUGGUAGUAAUGUCUUGUCCUAUGCUGAGGUCAUUGCCAGGUGUCCCUUCAGUUAUUCGACACUUGGAGAUUAUAGAGUGUGGUAUUGAUGAACUGCCCAGUGGGCUACAAUUAUGUACAUUUCUUCAAUAUUUGAAGAUUGAGGGCUGUCCGAAUCUGAAAUCAAUUCCAGAUUUAGGAGAAGUAUUUCAUUCUCUUAUUAAUUUAAAACUUAUCAACUCUCCUGAGCUGAGACUGAAGCUUCCGCUGCGCCGCCUAAAGACUUUGGUAAUCGGUGGGUUUAUUGAAGAGUUGGAUGCUUUCCCGAUUCUGCGUUAUCCUUCCAUUCGAUACUCGCAUGCGUCCCUCAAAAAGCUAAGAUUGCAUGGGAGGCCUACACUCAACUCUCUCCCGAACGAAAUUCAACUCUUCACUGCCCUUGAAGAGCUGCAGAUACAGAACUUUAACGGAAUGGAAGCUUUGCCUGAUUGGUUCGGCUAUCUUUCUUCUCUUCAAAAGCUGUGUCUUUACUACUGCAAAAAGCUGAUGUAUCUUCCCAUUCUACACCUCACCAAUUUAAAACAUCUGCACAUUGAUGAUUGCCGCAAUUUAGAGAAAAGAUGUGCAGAAGGGAGCGGCGCUGAGUGGUUCCAGAUUGCCCAUAUUCCAAACAUCCAAAUCAAUGGAAUAUACAUCCAAGGGAAGGAUUCUGAGGACUCUGACAACUUUCACGACUCUGACUACGAAGAAUUGUCAGACUCUGACUACGAAGAAUUUGACAAAUAUGACGACUCUGAAGAUGAUAGAGAUGAUUAG